AUGGGCUAUCUUGUGCUUGCAGCUGCUGCGGCCGUGACCUACGGUGUUGUGGUUUGUGUCUAUCGUCUCUAUUUCAGCCCGUUGGCCAAGUUCCCAGGUCCCAAGAUUGCUGCCGUUACUUCGUGGUAUAAUGGUUACCAUGACCUCGUUAGCGGUGGUCAAUACAUCUGGGUCAUUGAGGAGAUGCACCGCAAAUAUGGCCCAAUUGUGCGAACCCGCCCGGAUACGAUCCACGUCAACGACCCAGCCUUUAUAGAAAAGCUAUACUCGCAAUCGCCCAAACACCGACGGGAACGACAUAGCACAAUCCUGGGGACGAUGCAAGCCGACGGUUCUAUCCUGGCAACUAAGGACCACGACCUCCACCGCCGCCGUCGCGCCGUUCUCAACCCAUUCUUUUCGAGCCAGAAUGUGAGACGUCUGUCUCCGGUCAUCAACGGCAUCUUGUUCAAUCUGUUGCAUCGAAUGGAAGGCUGGGCUAAAACUGGACAGCCCGCCAAGCUGAACAGCGCAUACAGAGCUGCCACCAAAGACGUCAUCCAAGCUUAUGCUCUCGGAGAUGGAGAGAUGUGUCUUGACAUGGAAGACUGUAACGCAGCCUUCUUUGACGUGUUUACUCCGCAAAGAGUCUGUCAUCUGGGCACUCAUGCGUUUUGGUUGGCGUACCUGAUGGCCAAUCUGCCUCCUGUGAUUAUGACUACCCUUCUCCCACGGGUUGGUGUGUUUGCAACAUUUAUGAUCAACCUGAAUGCAGAGAUCGACCAGAUAAAGCAGGCGGAUAAGCUGCCAGAGGGUAAGACCAUCUUUCACGAGAUUCUCCGUAGCGACAUUCCUAGUUCCGAGAAGGAAACACCCCGUCUUGCGGAUGAGGCCAUGGUCUUGGUCAUUGCGGGGUCAGAGACAACAGCUUCAACCUUGGCCGCUAUCACUUACCACCUGCUCGCUGACCCGAGUCUCAUGGCACGACUGAAAGUUGAACUUGAAAGAGUCAUGCCCGACGUGAACGAAAUCCCCGAUCCUUCCACGCUGAAUGGGCUACCGUUUCUCAACGCCCUGAUUCAAGAAGCUAUUCGUCUGUAUCCUGGGGCAUCUCACCGACAAGAUCGAGUUGCCCCCGACGAAGAUCUCGUCUACCAGCGUCCAGACGGCCAAACCUUUGUUAUACCUGCCGGAACAGGUGUUGGAAUGACGGCACCACUGGUCAACCGCAACCCCGACCUGUACCCCAACCCACUGGAAUUCCGCCCUGACCGAUACCUCGAGAACCCCGGCCUCGCCGCCUACCAGUUUGCCUUUUCAAAGGGAACCAGACAGUGCAUCGGCAUCAAUCUGGCGUAUCAAGAGCUGCAGACUUUUGUUGCCGGCAUCUUUCGCAAGUACGACGUGUAUGAUGCAUCAAAAGAUAAGCAGAGCGGUCCGACCAUGGAGCUGUACAAGACAAAGGAGGAGGAUGUGGCCAUCUAUUCGGAUUAUGUGACUUUUGGUCAGUACCCAGGCAGUCAGGGGCUGAGGGUCAUCAUUAGAGAGUAA